AAUUUUAAGUGUUUUCUCUGUUCAAAGAAAAAGAUGAAGACUCAUAUGAUUUUUAUUCUCUUAGCCAUUGUCACAAUUUUCACGCCUUCAAUUUUAAGUACGACUGUCUCUCAUGAUGGUCGCGCUCUCCUCAUUAAUGGAGAGCGUAAAAUCAUACUUUCGGGAUCCAUUCAUUAUCCGAGAAGUACUCCUGAGAUGUGGCCGGAUUUAAUCAGAAAAGCGAAAGAGGGAGGUCUUGAUGCCAUCGAAACGUAUGUGUUUUGGAAUGCACAUGAACCAGUUCGAAGGCAGUACGAUUUCACUGGUAGGAACGACCUUAUAAGGUUUCUAAAGACCAUUAAACAGGCUGGACUAUAUGCUAUUCUUCGUAUCGGUCCAUACGCUUGUGCUGAAUGGAAUUACGGAGGGUUUCCCGUAUGGUUGCACAACUUGCCUGGGAUCCAGAUUCGAACUGAUAACAAAGUGUUUAUGGAUGAAAUGCAAACUUUCACAACAUUGAUUGUUGAUAUGGUGAAAAAGGAGAACCUUUUAGCCCCUGAAGGUGGCCCGAUUAUCCUAACCCAGAUUGAGAAUGAAUACGGCAAUAUCAUGGAUCCUUAUGGUGACGCCGGAAAAAGAUACAUCAAUUGGUGUGCAAAGAUGGCCGUAGCUCAAAACGUUGGUGUCCCAUGGAUUAUGUGCCAACAAAGUGACGCACCCCAACCAAUGAUUAAUACUUGCAAUGGAUGGUAUUGUCACGAUUUCACUCCAAACAAUCCCAACAGUCCCAAGAUAUGGACCGAAAAUUGGACCGGCUGGUUCAAAAAUUGGGGAGGUAAACUUCCACACAGGACUGCUGAAGAUGUUGCCUAUGCAGUUGCACGCUUCUUCCAAACAGGAGGCACUGUACAAAAUUACUACAUGUACCAUGGUGGAACAAACUUUGGAAGAACUACUGGUGGUCCGUACAUCACUACGAGCUACGACUACGAUGCACCCCUCGAUGAAUACGGAAAUUUGAAUCAACCUAAGUGGGGCCAUCUCAAGGAACUUCAUGCAGUGUUGCACUCAAUUGAAAAAGUUCUCACCUAUGGAGACAUUACCAAAACUGAUUUGGGCAACAAUGUUACGGUGACAACUUACAAGACUAGUGUGAUCUCGAGUUGUUUUAUUAACAACGAUAACACAUCCAAUGAUGCAACAAUAACAUACAAUGGCAAAAACUUUACCAUUCCUGCUUGGUCCGUUAGUAUCCUUCCCGAUUGCAAGAAUGAAGUGUACAAUACCGCUAAGGUGAAUACACAAACUAAUAUCGUGGCAAAGAUACCUAAUGGAGCCAAAAAAGAACCAAGUGCUCUUACUUGGAAUUGGACCCGUGAAAGGAUUGGUAAGUUUGCCAAAGGCGGUAAAGGUGACUUUGCUAUGGAUGUUCUCCUUGAACAAAAGGCGGUUACUAAUGACUCUAGUGACUACUUGUGGUACAUUACAACUUUCCACCUUGAGAAAAAUGAUCCACUUUUGAGUAAUGGCGACUUGAAGCUUAAUAUCAAUUCAAGUGCUCAUGUUCUACAUGUUUAUGUUAAUGGCCACGAACUAGGAUACGAAUAUGUUAACACUUCUGCCUAUGUCUACACUUUUGAGAAGAAGGUCAAUUUGAGAAGUGGGAAGAACAUAAUUGCACUCCUUAGUGCCACGGUUGGACUUAAGAACUAUGGUUCAUUCUAUGACUUGACACCGGUCGGAAUAACCGGUCCAGUGAAGCUAGUUGGAAAGCAAGGGGCCGUGCUCAAGGACUUAUCUAACCAUGCUUGGACAUACCACACUGGUUUGGAAGGCCUCGAUCAUGACCAUCUCUAUAGCGAAAAAUCACUCUAUGUCAAUAAGUGGAGGACUAGCCAUGGCAUGCCCAUUAACACUCGAAUGAUAUGGUACAAGACGACAUUUAAGCCACCAUUGGGAACAGACCCCGUCGUGGUGGACUUAAGUGGCAUGGGCAAGGGAGAAGCUUGGGUUAACGGAUUGAGCAUUGGACGGUACUGGCCUAGCUAUGUAUCGGAUAAUGACGGGUGUACACUUGAACCUUGUAACUACCGCGGUCAAUAUGAUAACAACAAGUGCCUCACCAAUUGUGGCAAACCCAUCCAAACAGAGUACCAUGUACCACGGUCUUUCCUAAGGAGUGACGUGAACACCCUUGUUCUAUUCGAGGAACUCGGAGGGAACCCAACAGGAGUUAACUUCAAGACCGUCCGAGCAGGAGGAGCUUGCGCGAAUGCGUACGAGGGAAAUUUACUAGCCUUGUCGUGUGAAGGCAGGCCAAUUUCUGGUAUAAAAUUCGCUAGUUUUGGUGCACCUCAAGGUGUUUGUGGCUCUUUUGAGAAAGGUUCUUGUGAAAGUGCCAAUGAUGCUAAGAGCAUCCUUACUAAGGCUUGCGUUGGCAAAGAGUUUUGUCUAUUGGAUGUCUCUGAGAAGACUUUUGGUGCGGCUUCAAGUUGUGGAGACAAAACCAAGAGACUUGCCGUGGAGCUCGUUUGUUAAUUAUAGUUUUUGCCAAUUAUUUUUAGUUGUUAGGAGUAACGAAUUAUUCUUUAAGCAAUUAUAAGUAUGAACCACACUAGUAUUUACUUUCGUUAUUGUUAUUAGAGAUAGUAGCGGGUUAAUUAUAUAUUUAUAGAAUGUUAUUGUCUUUUAUUUAACAUCAGAUCAUCAAGCUUAUUUUCGUUAAUUUCUUGAUUAGUUAUAUUUACGAAUUUGAUGCUUUCCUAGCUAUAGUCUUGAAGAAUGUUCUUUGUGGAAAAUCCUUGAAGAUAUUUAUUAUAAAAAAUAAAAAAAUAAUAAUAAAAAAUCAUAUAAGGUGUACGAUUAUGAGAAGAAAUCUAUGAUAAAAGUUUAAAAAAAAAACUUAGGAUAAGAUAAAACAAACCAAUCUCUAAUAUAAGAUGAGAUCAAAGGCCUAACUAUUGGUUGGAAAUCGGCAGCAAAAAGGACAAAUUUGAUUAAAGGCCUAAUAAUUUCUCUAAAAUCACUCCGAUCCUUUUAACCUAAAUAAAAGUCAUACUCCAAUUUUCUUUUAAAAACUUUGUUGUUCUUAAAUAAAACUGUUAUUUUACAUAUAUCUAUUUAAUUUCUUUUUUACUUUUAAAAAAAAAUCAAUUCCUACUCCUCAUAAUGAACUCAAAUAAAAUUUAUCAAACCUGUUAUUAGUCAAGCCUAUGCAAACCUAGGUGAACUCGUAAUUUCUUUAUUUAGACUUGACAUAGACCCUAGACUUAUCCAAUCCGAACUUGAUUUGUAUUGAGAUUCGACCUUGAUUCAAAGACGAGGCUUUUUUCGAUCUUUAGAUUAAUUAUAAACAUACUCUCGCGGCCUCGCCCAAUCCAAUUUGACCUAACUUAAGACAAGCUACUUGGAGUGACUCAAAGUACGUUAGUCAUGAAAUAAGAACUCGAUACUCAACCGAUCCAAAUUCGACCCAAAUCCAAAAAAAAAAAAAAACUUGGCCCAAACUAAUGCAGACUCAAACCAAACUAAGAUUAAGGGCCUGUUUUCUUACGUUGAAAUUCAGUUCAGUUCAGUUCAACUCAGUUCAGUUCAGUUCAGUUCAGCUCCUAA